CUGCGGUUUCCUCACCAGCUCUGCUGUUCCCUGCAGGAGUUUGAGCGGCAGAAACACGCUCACAGCGUCCUGCAGUUCCAGUUUGAUGAGCUGAAGGAGACCCUGAAGCAAAGCGAAGAGCUGCUGAACGAGAUCCGCCAGCUGCGGCUGAAGCAGGACGGUUACGUUAGAGAAAUAUCCGACCUCCAGGAGACGGUGGAGUGGAAGGAUAAAAAGAUUGGGGCGCUGGAGCGGCAGAAAGAAUACUCAGACGCCAUCCGCAUGGAGCGGGAUGAGCUCAGGGAGGAGGCGGUGAAGCUGAAGGAUAUUCUGAAGAAACACGGGAUAGUCCUGGGACCGGACCUGAACAUCAACGGAGACGCCGGGCCGUCGGAGGUGGACGGGUCAGCUGGAGCGGAGCGGCCGGCCCAGGCGGCUCCCUCAGAAGGAAACGGCGUCCUUGAGAUUCGUUUGAGGAAACUAGUGGAUGAGCGUGAAAAAAUGAUUGAGCAGAUAAAGAAACUAAAAUCCCAGCUGGACCAGAAGGACGGCGCAGACGGCGGUUCCAGUCCAGACGGGGAAGUUGCUGAAAACGGGAACGACCCGAACAUCAUGGAGUUACAGAGAGACUCCAGCAGGCAAAUAAACGACCUGAAGUUCAAGCUGGUGAAGGCGGAACAGGAAGUGACGGCUUUAGAGCAAAACGUGACCAGACUGGAGGGUCAUGUGACUCGUUACAAAUCUGCAGCGGAGAACGCAGAGAAGGUGGAGGACGAGUUGAAGGCGGAGAAACGCAAACUGCAGAGAGAGCUGCGGACGGCGCUGGAUAAGAUCGAGGAGCUGGAGUCGAGCAACAGCCACCUGAAUAAAAGGCUGGAGAAGAUGAAGUCAAGCCGGGGCAUGGCCCAGACGCCGUAACAGAACCUGUCCGGAUCCCUCCAAACUACCCAACUCCCAACGUGCCAUUUUCUGUCUGCUCCCCGUGGAAAGGAAUUCUGCUCGGCGCUGAUCCUGGACCCAAACGGGUCGGUGUGGACGCUCUUCUUCAGCUCCAGCUGCAGGUGGCAGAGUUCAGGCUGUGUGACUGUCCGUCUCCACUGACACACAAACUGUUACCCAGUUUCUUGGAUGAACAUGAACUCAACACCUUUUACAGGAUCGAUUCCUUCCUAUCACUCCUGUCCUUCACCGUCGGUUUUCUACCGCAGCAGUUUGACUGGAUGCCGUAGCCGCGUCUCCAAGCUGCUUCCUGUAGUCGGUCACUGGUUGGCUUGUAGAAACGCUGAGACGUGCUGAGGAAACACAGGGACUGAGAGGAGGGUUAGCAGGAGUUACCAAACACACUGGGGAGAUGCUGUUCACUGUUUACAAAGCUUUAAAUGUUUGUAAGGACACAUGAAGAACUGUAGUCUGUGCAAUAAAAUAUCUGAGACUCUU